AUGCCUCCUUCGGCGCAAACAACCAGAUUAGUAUCUACCCUUCGCCUCCUUAUCCCCCGCCUCCGCCUCCUCCAAAAGAAGGACACCGCUUCGUCCGUCGUCCAGCGUCGUGAGCUUUCCCAACUCCUCAGUGAAGGUCGCGAAGCCUCCGCACGCAUCCGUGUCGAGAAUGUUAUCGCGACCGAUAUUGCAGUCGAGGUGAUGGAAAUGGUGGAGCUUUACUGUGAGCUGCUACUUGCGCGGGCCAAUGUGUUGGAUCAACUUGCGUUCGGGGAGUCGGGGACACGCGCACGAUUGCGCGCUAAGGAACAGUACAAGAAACACAGUAUGGCACAAGCUGGCGGAGUGAAACCCAUUGAGAGCAGCGGCUCGCGAUUCGGGUUCGGCUGGCUUGGGGGGUCUCAAAAGAAGGAGACCAGUCCCGCAGCUUCUACCAGUCCCGGCGAAGUCUCUGGAGAUCCAUUGACAGACGAGGAAGACCCCUAUAUGGACACUGCUCUCGAUGAGGCCGCGGUUGCUAUCUUUUACGCCUGGCAUCGCUUCCCACACGAAUUGCGCGAGCUCACUAUGCUUCGGACCAUGCUGGGUGAACGAUACGGCAAGGAGUUCAUGACGCUGGCACAGGACAACAAAGUGGAUUCUAUCAAGGUACCGGAUCGACUUUUGAAAGGGCUGCGCGUCCGACCACCAGGGCAAGAACUUGUCGAGAGCUACCUGCAGGAGAUCGCACGAGCAUACGGUGUCGCAUGGCCUCGCGGUGGAGAAGACCUGGACGUACAAGCAGACCUUGGCGAUGCGCCACCGGAGUUCGUGGACUCGAAGGACGAAGGUGAUGCCGACCAGGGUGGUGACCUACCGCCGACGCCGAGCAAGCAGGCCUCAUCCCGACCAGAGCUAAGCGAAAUGAGGCGCGCUUCAGAGACUAGUGAAUUGAACAAAGCCACACCCCCACGCGGACUCGCAGCAGGCCGAAGCCCCGUUAGCGUUGCGCCGCCCGCGCCCCGAACUGAUAACCCACACCCGCAUGUGAAAAUCCCCGGGGAGGGUGAUACGAAACCUGCCCAAGGUCAAGCGGGACCGAGAAAGAACAGCAACGGGAUCCCUGAACUUGACGAGUUGACGCGAAGAUUUGCAGAUCUCAAGAAGAAACCCUGA